AUGACUGGGACACUUCACCCACCACCUGAGUUCUGGCGAAACGGUACCGAUAAUGACAUUGAGGGCAUGCGAAGAACGCGCUCCGGUUGGAUGCUGCAGCUUUUCGCCAUCGCUGUAGGCAUUUCACAUGGACGUACUGAAGGAGUUGAAAUGGAUGUCCUCAAGCAGAUCGUCCGGAACGAGGGUGCCCUUGCGCUAUACAAAGGGGCCACUCCACCAGCUGUGGGGUGGGCAGCUAUCGAUUCCGUCUUGCUAGGCUCGUUACACAAUUAUCGCCUAUUCCUUCUCCGCCAUGGCAUGUCAGAACCAACCCCACACUCGGGGGCCCCUAGGCUUACCAUCCUUGGCCAUGGUAUCGCCGGUCUGCUUGCUGGUGCCCUCAUUGCCACACCAAUGGAACUCUUGAAAGUCAAGUUGCAGCUCCAGUCCCAAAAAAGCGUGGUCGAUCGGCGGUUCACUGGUCCCAUUCAUUGCGCCCGUGAAAUUGCCAGAGUUCAAGGCCCCCUUGGCCUCUGGUCAGGGUUCACAGGCACUGUGGCAUCAAGGGUAAAUUUUUUCUGGAUGUUUUUAUCCUUUGAGGUGUUCAUGCGUGGGUUUGGCAAACUUGCAGGUACUCCAUUCGAAGUGAAUACCGGACUGGCCAAUUUCCUCUCUGGAGGCUUCGGGGCCUUUACAUAUUGGAUUAUGGCCAUCCCCGCUGACAAUGUGAAGAACCGUAUGAUGGCCUAUCCUUAUCCUGACGCAUAUCCCGCUUCCAACUCGACCGUUGGUCUUAAAGUCCCAUCAUUUUCACGUACAGCCCGAGAGAUAUUUCUCCACGACGGCUACGUCGGAUUUUUCCGUGGAUUGGGACCUUGUCUUUUGCGGGCCUUCCCUGUCAAUGCGUCGGCGUUAUUCGUCUAUGAAGGUCUGAUGCGGCUACUUGGUGCCGAACAGACACGACAAUAA